AUUGUUACGUUGGCUACACUUUGACUGCAAGCGUCGGCAAAAUUUUAGAACGUGAUUUUGGCGGUUGCACAUUUUUAAAUAUUAUUUAAAAUUUUUUAACAUGGUCGAAGACAAAAAUCAAAACGUAGAACUAACAGAUCAUGAAGCUGAAUUAUAUGAUAGACAAAUUCGAUUAUGGGGUUUAGAAUCACAGAAACGAUUACGAGCAGCGAAAAUUUUAAUAAUAGGCUUAAAUGGAUAUGGAGCGGAAAUAGCAAAAAAUAUUAUUCUAGCGGGUGUUAAAGCAGUUACAUUUUUGGAUCAUAGGAAUGUAACAGUUGAGGACUGGUGCUCACAAUUUUUAGCACCUAAAGAAUCACUCGGAAAAAAUAGGGCUGAAGCAUCUGUACCAAGAGCACAAAAUUUAAACUCUAUGGUUGAUGUAAAAGCAGAUACAUCUAAUAUCGAUGAUAAGCCAGAUACAUAUUUUAGUGAGUUUAAUGUAGUUUGUGCAACACAAUGUACGAUUAUGCAAAUAAAAAGGAUUAACGAGGCAUGUAGAAAACACAAUGUCAAAUUUUUUGCUGGAGAUGUAUGGGGAUUGUUAGGGUAUACUUUUGCUGAUUUAAUGACUCAUGAAUAUGCCGAAGAUGUAGUACAAACAAAAAAAAUACAAAUCUCAGACAGUGGUGAACCAAUGCAAAAGGAAAAAUUUGAAAAUAUAGUUGUAACUGAAAAACAUAUAGAAACUUUUGUACCUUUUAAAUCAAUUUUAAAUGUCACAAAAUCUUCUCUUCCCAAAGAUUCAGAAAUAUACUAUAUGAUAUUAAUAAUGUUCAAUUAUCGCGAGAAGUAUGGCAAAGAUCCAUUACCUAGUGAGAGGGAGUCUGAAAAAUUAAAAGCAGAGGCUGAUAUAAUUAUAAAAAAGUAUGAUCUCGAGGAUAAAAUAGAUCAUUUAAUUGAGAGUGAUUUAUAUGCGCAAAUUAGUCCAGUGUGUGCCAUCGUUGGAGGCAUUAUGGGUCAAGAAAUAAUUAAAGCUGUCUCACAAAAAGGUACUCCACACAAUAAUUUGUUCACGUUUAAUCCAGAUACAUUGUGUGGAAAGAUUUUGAGAUUGGGCCACUAAUAAUAAUUAUGGUACGUCUAAGUAUUUUUUUGUACUAUGAUUGACACGAUUAUUUUCAUAAUUUCUCAUUCUAUGUUUCCCAUCAUAAA